AUGACCACCACCGCAGCCCCAGUCGUCCUCAUUCUCGGUGCCGGUCGCAACAUCGGCCAGCACACAGCCCAGCACUUCGCAGCCAAGGGCUACCGAGUCGCCCUCACAGCUCGAAACGUCAACCCCGAUGACAGUACGGAGACCCAGCUACAUAUCCAAUGCGACCUCGCCGACCCCCAGGCCGUCCAUGAUGUCUUCUCGCGCGUGAAGACUACCCUGGGAGCUCCGAGCGUGGUCAUCUACAAUGCCUACGGCUUAACCCCAACGGACGCCGACGACGUUUUCAAAGUCACCACUGAGCAAUUCACCCGCGAUCUGAACGUCAACACCACCAGUGUUUUUGUCGCCGCCAAGCUGGCUGUCGAGGGAUUCAAGACACUACCUGCCUCCGCAGCACGGACGUUCCUGUACACAGGGAACGCACUGAACACGGUUGCCGUACCUCCGCUCUUCACGUUGGGGGUGGGGAAGACGGCCACUGCGCAUAUGAUCGAGUGUGCGGCGAUCGCUUACCAGGAGAAGGGAUAUAAGUUCUACUUCGUCGACGAGCGGAGAGCGGACGGGUCAUCUUCAGGCGACAUCGACGGCGCGGCACACGCGCAGCUAUUCGCGGAGCUGGCCGAGAACAAGGAGCAACAACCGUGGCAGCAGACCUUCGUCAAGGGCGAGGGGUACAAGGUGUUUGGUAAAGGGUUUCUGGGUAACUGA